AUGACAUGUGAGCUAAAUAAUCUCAGUGAUAACAAUUCCAUUAACUAUUCAAAGGACCUAUUAUUAUUGUACAGAAAAGGAAAGGAAGGAAUUGCUCAAAAAAUUAAUGACUGGAAUGAAGUUGUUAGUCAGAGAGGAAAGAGCUUUUCAUCUUCAGCGAUCAGCGCAGCUGAUUCUGGCACUUACUUUUGUCUUCUCAGAAAUGCUAGCCUUUGUCUUAAGGUGGCAGUACUACGUGUGCAAAAGCUGAAUCAAACAGGUUGUCAAGACAUUCAAAGCUGUGAGGUUCUCCUAAUUCGGCAGAGAGCAGAUACAAUAUCAUGUCCAGGAAUUCAACAUUUCAAUUCCUCAGCAAGGUCUCCUGUAGAGUGGUAUCAGAAUGGGGAAUUAGUCAAAGAACGUGAUACACGAGUUAGUCUCAAGAUAAGAAAUGACCAAAUUCAUUUAUAUAGAAUAUAUGAAGAAGAUUCUGGCAACUAUACGUGUACCUUUAAGUUCUUUGAAAAUAAAAUAUCAUGGCUUGUGAAAAGGACAUUUACUGUGAAUGUUAUAGAUGCUGACACAAGGAAACCUCCAAUUGUAAUUGACCCACAUGGAGUAAAAACAAUUGAAGUGGCGCUUGGUUGUUUCAAUUCUGCACUGCAGGAGUACCACUAUGCAUUUGUGGGUGAUCCUUUUGAAAUGACAUGUGAGCUAAAUAAUCUCAGUGAUAACAAUUCCAUUAACUAUUCAAAGGACCUAUUAUUAUGGUACAGAAAAGGAAAGGAAGGAAUUGCUCAACAAAUUAAUGACUGGAAUGAAGUUGUUAGUCAGAGAGGAAAGAGCUUUUCAUCUUCAGCGAUCAGCGCAGCUGAUUCUGGCACUUACUUUUGUCUUCUCAGAAAUGCUAGCCUUUGUCUUAAGGUGGCAGUACUACGUGUGCAAAAGCUGAAUCAAACAGGUUGUCAAGACAUUCAAAGCUGUGAGGUUCUCCUAAUUCGGCAGAGAGCAGAUACAAUAUCAUGUCCAGGAAUUCAACAUUUCAAUUCCUCAGCAAGGUCUCCUGUAGAGUGGUAUCAGAAUGGGGAAUUAGUCAAAGAACGUGAUACACGAGUUAGUCUCAAGAUAAGAAAUGACCAAAUUCAUUUAUAUAGAAUAUAUGAAGAAGAUUCUGGCAACUAUACGUGUACCUUUAAGUUCUUUGAAAAUAAAAUAUCAUGGCUUGUGAAAAGGACAUUUACUGUGAAUGUUAUAGAUGCUGACACAAGGAAACCUCCAAUUGUAAUUGACCCACAUGGAGUAAAAACAAUUGAAGUGGCGCUUGGUUGUUUCAAUUCUGCACUGCAGGAGUACCACUAUGCAUUUGUGGGUGAUCCUUUUGAAAUGACAUGUGAGCUAAAUAAUCUCAGUGAUAACAAUUCCAUUAACUAUUCAAAGGACCUAUUAUUAUGGUACAGAAAAGGAAAGGAAGGAAUUGCUCAACAAAUUAAUGACUGGAAUGAAGUUGUUAGUCAGAGAGGAAAGAGCUUUUCAUCUUCAGCGAUCAGCGCAGCUGAUUCUGGCACUUACUUUUGUCUUCUCAGAAAUGCUAGCCUUUGUCUUAAGGUGGCAGUACUACGUGUGCAAAAGCUGAAUCAAACAGGUUGUCAAGACAUUCAAAGCUGUGAGGUUCUCCUAAUUCGGCAGAGAGCAGAUACAAUAUCAUGUCCAGGAAUUCAACAUUUCAAUUCCUCAGCAAGGUCUCCUGUAGAGUGGUAUCAGAAUGGGGAAUUAGUCAAAGAACGUGAUACACGAGUUAGUCUCAAGAUAAGAAAUGACCAAAUUCAUUUAUAUAGAAUAUAUGAAGAAGAUUCUGGCAAUUAUACGUGUACCUUUAAGUUCUUUGAAAAUAAAAUAUCAUGGCUUGUGAAAAGGACAUUUACUGUGAAUGUUAUAGAUGCUGACACAAGGAAACCUCCAAUUGUAAUUGACCCACAUGGAGUAAAAACAAUUGAAGUGGCGCUUGGUAGUUCUGUGCAAAUAACGUGCAGAGUUUCAUUUGGUUAUGAAAGGAAUUUUUCCCCUGUGAUAAAAUGGUUAACAAAUGAAGGUGAGAUGGAAAAUAUGAGAAUCCAGCAGGGCGAAGUUAAAAACAAGGGAGAAUAUUUAUUGAUUCGGGAAGCAAAGCUGAACAAAGUUACUGAAGAAGACUUUAAUACCAACUUCACGUGCUUCUCCCAGAAUUCCCAGGGAAAUUCUUCUGGGGUGCUCAGACUCAAAGAGAAAGUGUCCUCCACCUUUCAAAUAAAAGUGAUAACCAUAUCUACAUCACUAAUAUUUGUGGUGAUUGUUUCUGGAUGUGUUGGAGUAUAUAGAUUUUGGAUUGAAAUUGUUCUACUUUACCUGCAUUAUUUCUCAAAGGAUGAAACCAUUGGAGAUGGGAAAGAAUUUGAUGCCUUUGUUUCGUAUGCAAGUUCUUCUUCAUCGGGAGAGGAUGUUGAGAGUGAUGGCUAUUUUACAGAGGAGAGGUUUGCCCUUGAGCUGCUUCCUAGCAUGUUGGAGAAUCAGCAUGGGUAUAAGUUGUGCCUGCUUGAGCGAGAUAUACUACCUGGAGGCAUUUAUACAGAAGAUGUUAUUUCCUGCAUAAAAAGAAGCAGGAGAGUAAUAACUGUCCUCAGUCCAAAUUACUUUGCUUCGGCUGGAUCAAGACUCUUUGAACUGCAGACAGGAGUCAACAGCAUGCUUGAUAACUUCAAAACCAAGGUGAUUUUGAUCAACUUCCAUGCCCUACCUCAUGGAACUGACCUUCCGGACAAUGUUAAAAGGGCUAUUGCAGUACUGCCAGAGAUAACAUGGAAAGGAAACAAGUCUUCUCCUCCAUCCUCAAAGUUCUGGAAGAUGCUUAAGUACUAUAUGCCAGUGAAGAAAAAAUUAUGUGCGAAACAUGAGCUGUCAGAACCUUUAAUCUAAUGGACAAACUUUGGCAUUUUUAACUACUAUAUCUGUUAUUUGCUCAUUUAAUUCAAUUACACAUUACAUAUUGCCAAUAGUACAUGGAAAUCACAAACUGUCUUGAUUUAAUUGUAUAAAUAAGUAUAGAUCAACAUAAUGUAGCUUAUAAAAAAAGGUGUGUUCCUUGCAUCAGUUUUGGUCUUGCUGCCAGUAUUUUGAGUUAACUUGCUUUAUGAUGAGAACUUUUGUAUUGGGUUUUCAAAUAAAGUAAGUUUCCACCUUGAAAAGAAAAGUCAGUAUUAGAGAUUGUGCAUUACAGGGUUAUGUGAAGAAGGAUGGAAGAAGGCUUAUGUAUA